AGCGGCUGCAGGCGGAAGUGGAAGGCGCGCGGGGAUUCCCCGAGGGAAGUUCCAGCUCUUUGUAAAACAUAAAAAAUGUUCAUUUGUACGAAAUAGUUCAUUUCCUCCCGUUAAACGCGCACAUAUACGAGUACCAGCGUCGCGAUGUCCAGACUGCGCUCAUACAGCUGCUGUCUGCUCUGUCUCUGAGUGAAGGCGUCCCGUGCUAAUCUCGCUCCUCUGAGUUAAAGAAGGGGUGUGUAAGCGUUCCUGUGUGCCUGGGACUCGGGCCCCGGGACCGCCCUGUUCGGAAUGUUACUGAAGGCCCCGGAAUGGACAGGACCAUCAGUGAGCAGCUCAACAAAGCCUUCGACGCGUACCGCAAAGUUUCUAUCGAGAAAGAGUCGGCCAGAAAGGAGCUCCAGGAUAAGUCCGAGCUGUAUCAACGGCACACUCAGCAGCUGGAGAGGAAGAUAGAGGAGCAGGCGAAGACCAUCACACAGCUUAAAGCUCAGCUCGGCUCCCUUCAGAAGCAUGCGUCAGGGGAGGUCUGUGAGCCUGCGUACAGAAAACAGGAAGCAGAAACCUUGUCACCAAGCGAUCAUCGCGCCGACAACCCGUCCAGUUCCCACAGGACUAACCAUUUCCUGAUAACGGAUCCCACAGAGUAUUCUCGGAUGCUUCCCCAUACGCUCUCUCCCGCCUGCGAAAUGAAGAGUGAGAAUGUACUGGACACUUGGCAGGAAAUCCAGGGGACUUUCCAGAGGAUUCAGACUCUAACCCGAAAGCAGAAAGAUCACCUGAAGCGAAUCCACAAAGGAAACGAGGCCGCCAACGAGCAGUUUUCCAUGCCCAUCCAGUGCACCGAAGACAUGGCAGAACAGGCCGAGGCUCCCUUCUCCUCACCACUGAGGUCAGAGGUCGACAAUACUUCGACCUCCUCAUCCCUCGCGUCACGCGGCGCCGGUCCAGACGGACCAUUUUUUGAUUCCCUAAGAGGCCUGAGUGUGAAGUUUCCCCCGAGCACAGACGAUGAGUACGACUUCCUCAACAGUACGCCGGAUAAACGUGUGGACCUGCAGAUGCACAGUCCAGACCUGGGAGAACACAUGCACACGAUGAGAGAGGAGUCUUAUCCCUCAUUCCCUGCACCCUCUCACACAUCCGAGUCUUCUGAGUCGCACGAAGAUGUACGAGGACCCCAACAGCUGGUUUGGACUCCAGAGCUCCAGGACCUGUCCGCCCAGCCGCCGGGGACAGACGCCCCGCAGAUCAACAGCCGAGAGAAGUGUGCCUUUUGCAAGGAUGAGGUUCCCCCGAAUCACAUGUAUAGCCACCUCAAUUCACACUUCAAGAACAAAGCUGGCGAUUGACACACACACACACACACACACACAGGCAAGAGGCCGGACUGAAGCGGCCUUUAUUCAUGGCUGAACACAUUUCCUCACGUCCAUCAGUGACACCAUGAAGAGAGCCGAACCCUCCGCUGUCCUUUAUUUAAUUAGGAGAACUAUAAACGGUUCAUUUUAGGAUGGUUUUGUCUUAAUUAAUAUUUUUAGCUGCAUUUUUAGUUGGAGGCGUUGACUGGCAGUUUCACUGUAGAAUAAAAACGUGCUUCCUUUUGAAAGUCAUUUCAUUUGAUAUGGCAACAUAAAAGAUAGCGGAUGAUAAACGCUGUUUAUGCAAUGCAUAUAUCAAAUUAAACACAAAAUAUCAAUUUCUAGAUUUACGUUACAGUUCUACAAAUCCCAGGCAGAAUGCCUGCUUAUGUAUAUAUCACAUUUAUAUUGCAAUUUUCAGACAUAAGUGAAAAUGUCGCAGGAUAAUAAUGGUAACUGUGAUUUUUUUUUGGUUAUAAGUUAUAAAUCCAGUUACACAAAUGCUUGUUUUCUGUAGCAAUGGUUUUAAACAUACUGUCUUCCAUCAUUACAAUCAUAUAUUUUGCUGCAUCCUUUCUUCCAAACUCAGUUCCAAUAUCAUAUUUUUGUAAUAUUUCUGUUUAAAGUGAAUAAAACCACACUGACAUAUAUUAA